AUGCUCUCGAAAACUACGAAAGUGAAUUACAAUGGUUGUAGCAUUAAUAACACAAAUAAAGAUAUCGACAUAGCUAAAUGUGUAAAAGAACUUGACCUACUCCACAAGCAGAUAGAAGAUCUCAACUCCGCAGCUGCCGACGAAGUCAUCAACAUUGAAAUGGAGUACGCCGCUCUGCGGAGACCUGUCUACCUCAAGCGGGCAGUUCUUUUAAGAAAUCAACCGAAUAUUUGGCUCCACGCCGUGCUUGACAUUCCUUAUGAGUUCAGUCCCAAUGAUUAUUUUUUUGACACUAAACUGGUCCGGAUAUUCUCUUUCGGAGCCAACAACCAGUUGAUAUCCACGUCAAUUGAUGUCAGUUGGAAACAAUUCCAGACUGAGAAGUCAUUUUUUGAUUUGUUCACUGAAAUGCGUGGUUGUAAUUCCCAGGAUGUGUCCAUGGCCAUUAAAAAUGAUAUUUGGCCUUCCCCUUUCAAGUUUGUUCGCGAUUCGGCCGCUGAUAAGUUUUGA